AUGGCGCGACGGUACGAGAUCGAUGAGCUAUUAUGGCUCCGCGGCUCGCCCCUCAUCGCAAAACCUUCCGGUCUGCCUCCAAUUGAAGAAUGGAUGCCUCAACCCGAUCCCACAACCACACAACGCAAACAACAAACCCCCCGUGACCCUACAAACCCAUCUGAACCUGGCACAGCCAGAAGGUCCAGUAUAUUUGAAGCCAAGCAUAUCCCCCGUGGAUCCAAUUCUGAGGACAUUGUGCUUGGACCUCCGAAAACUGCCUUUGCCUCAUCUCGCAUCGGCGGUAAAGGGUCAUUCGAUUCGACCGACCGAACCCCGCAGCCAACCGGCUCAGAUGAAACGAAGAACGACCGAUUCAACUUCCGAGAUAAGUUUUUGAAGGACAGGGAUCCUAAUGAUAAGGACUUGGAGCGACGCGAGGGCAAACCGGUGCCGCUGAAUGGUCGGCGUAUCGAGAAAGAAGAUUGGAAUGCCGGGCGCCCCCGUCGCACAUUCGGCCCUGAUGAUCAGGAGCGAAAACCUAGACGAAAUGGUGAAUUUGACCGAUGGGAAAACAAAGAAGGACCUCGCGACCCCAAUGCGGAACGUGGACUCCAAAACAAAGAGGGCCGAUUCCCCGCUCGGAAAGAGGGACCACCACGGUCCAAAUUUGAAGGAAGCUGGUUCCGCGAUGAGCACGGCCAGGACGGCGUAGAGGCCGAUGAUGAUAAACCAGCGCCGCGCAACCGAGAAUGGCGCCAGAACCAACCCAGACAUGGUACCGAGCGUGAGUGGAACAGGGGUGCCAAAUUUGAACAGGAUCCCGAAUGGAUGGAUGCCAACGACCGAGACGAGCCACGACGAGCACAUACACAGGAAGACUUUGAGCGCUGGAAAGAGCGCAUGAAGGCUGGAUCUGGGACUGGCUCUGCGCAAACUACGGCACCUGCCGAAGACAAGAGAGAAGCCCCUGUGGAAGAGCAAAAGCCUGAGACUCGCCGUACCGACGGUGAGAUCUUCAGCAGCUCUGGCACCCAGUUCAUGUCAGACAAUUCAAUGGAUCGAUUCUUUGGCAUGCUGGGUGAUUCCAAGCCUCAGACCCAGACGCCAGAGGUCAGCACACCAAACCCAGUCGAUCCAACUCCAAAGCAGGACCCAUUCCCAUUCUCUGGCAAGCCAGGAAAAUCUUCUCGCUUCGCAGGCUUGUUCAGCCCCAUGCCAGAGAGUCCUGCCAGAGAACCUGAACCUCUUCCCUAUCUCAAUGCGCAGCCCCCACCCCAGCACCAACCUCAGCAUCAACCUCAGCAUCCGCCUCAGCCUCAGCACCAGCAUCAACCCCCGCCGAUUCCCGAGGGUCUUCCCUUCCCAUCCCACAGUGCCGAUCAAGAAGGAUUCCAGCGCAUUUUGCAGAUGCUUGGUGGACAGCGGUCGCAAAAUGGGACGCCCAAUGAGGCAGCUUUGCCCCAGCAACAACGUCCUUCGAUGAUGAUGCAAGCAGAUCAGCGCGCUUUGUCAUCACCCUCUAGGGAGCCCCCUCAUCGACCGGAAUAUAUGGGUCUAGGGCCCGAGAAUCCGAUGGCCCACCCUGGCGUUAAGGAUCAGUCAAUGGACAGAGCAAACUUGCUCCGUUUAAUGCAGCAAGUUCGCGUCGGCCCAUCACCGGGCGGUAACCCACAAUCUCCCGGUGCCGGCAUUGCUCCUCCUCCGGGAUUGAUGCCAGAAGGCAUGCCUCGUCCUCCACCAGGGCUUUCCGCUCAGAAGACACCCGCUUUCCUCGAUGAUCCCGCUAUCGCGAACAUGCAGCGACCAGAUAAUGAACAGCUCCGUCGCCGGCCAGGUAAUGGCCCACCUAUGGGAUACUUCGACGACAUGCCUUUCCCUCAGGGCAAUCAAGGUCCCAUGACCCCAGGUGGGCCUAUGACACCGGGCGGUUCUCGGCCCCCGCAAGGCCCGAACCAACCUCACAUGCCCCUUCAGAGACCUCCGGGUCUGGAGCAUCUGCCUCCUCCCGGUUGGACGGGCCAACCUGUGCACCAACAAGGCAAUGUACAGAGCCCUAUGGGUCCUCCGCCCGGAAUCUCCGCCCCGGGUCGUGGCAUGAACCCCAAUUUCCCUCCCGGCAUGCUCCCAAUGCCCGGCAACCCACCUCCCACCAACGAGCGCCAACCCUUCCCUCGUGGCCCUCCAGGCAUGAUUCCUCCUCAUCAGGUUUUCAUGAACGGGAACGGCCCUCCCCCCGGAUUCGCUCCUAUGCUUCCCAUGCCCCCCAAUCCCGAGGCUAUGAUGGGUCUCGGCCCGGGUGCUCAGGGUCCCUUUGGCCCAGGCAAUCAUGGCCCCCAAGGUCCACCUUCCUCCCGCCACCUUCUAGAAAUGUUCGGCCAGCCCAACGGUGAUCCACGCGGUGGCAUGGUUGGCCCCGGUCAGUUCAGAUAA